UUCAAUUCUGGCAACACCCUUAUGAUCAUUUCCAUUAUACAAAUGAGGAAGCUGAGGCACGGGAGGCCAAAAGUAUGCAAAGUCUAGAGCCAUAAUUCAAACCCAGGUGGUUCACCUCAGAGCCUAUUAACUGCUCACAAGUGCAGAAGAGGACAAAGGAAUUGGGGCUAGGUGGCUUUUGAAUUCCCUUCCAUAUCCACAAAUCUAAGCUUCCAUACCACAUUACAAGUAAGAGAGUCUCCAUUUGCGUACCCAGUCCCCAGCACCACGCUUAUUACAGUGGACAAGCUCAAUAAACACUUGUCAAAUGAAAGAAUGUUUCAAGUCAAUUUAUAGUGAAACCCUCUGGGACAAAUCAAAAAAAACCUAAAAUAUCAAUUCAGUUGGCCUUCAAUAACCUAUAUUUUGCCUCAAUGAAGCUCAGAAAGGGGCUUAAGGAACUGAGAAAAAAAGUCAUCCUAUCAGAAUUUCAUUGCAAUGUUAAUUUAAAGAUCAUUCAUCUUUCUAACAAAAACAAAUGGGCCCAUGAGAACUAGAUUUCUUACCUAAAUGGCAAAGUGUCCUCAGCCUAUCAGAAAGUCUGACAGAGGAAAGAAAAAAGGGACACAGAGAGGAAAUGAACCGAGACAACAUCACCUCACAGAAACAGGAAGGAACCCCCCCAACACACACACACACACCACUGACAUCCUACGGGUGCAAUUGCACAGUCGAGAAGAACUUACAGCUGCCUUUAGAAGCAGGGCUGGUGGCUGCAAGGGAAGACAAGCAUAACGAUGCAUUAGGACUAGCGGUCACCUCCGGCCUGCCUGCCCAGGGAAAGGGCGAGAAGACCAGGGACACAAGAGGCUCCAUCCAGUAUGGUUCUGCCCUUGGGUUCAGCGAACUGUGAGUCCCAUAGUGUCAGACACGGGCAGGAGCACGUCCUUCAAGUAGAGUUAUGACAAGAAGUAAACUGACCAGCAGUACACUGAAACACUGGUGGGAUUGUUCUCCGAUCCAGAGCUCCAACAUUCCUGGGGAGAAAAUGUGGACGAGGAAUCUUAUGGCAAGGGCCUUAUAUGACAAUGUCCCAGAGUGUGCUGAGGAGCUGGCCUUCCGCAAGGGAGACAUCCUGACUGUCAUAGAGCAGAAUACUGGAGGACUAGAAGGAUGGUGGCUGUGCUCCCUUCACGGUCGUCAAGGCAUUGUCCCAGGCAACCGAGUGAAGCUUCUGAUUGGUCCUGUGCAGGAGACCCCCUCCAGUCAUGACCAGUCUACUUCUGGACCAGUGCACCAGACCUUUGGCCAACAGAAGCUCUAUCAAGUGCCAAACUCACAGACAGCAUCUCGUGACACAAUCUACCAAGUACCACCUUCCUACCAGAAUCAGGGAAUUUACCAAAUACCCACUGGCCAUGGUACCCAAGAACAAGAUGUGUAUCAAGUGCCACCAUCAGUACAGAGAAACAUUGGAGCCACCAAUGGUCCUCACUUAAGUAAAAAGGUGAUAACCCCGGUGCGAACAGGCCAUGGCUAUGUGUACGAGUACCCAUCCAGAUGCCAAAAGGACGUCUAUGAUAUCCCCCCUUCACAUACCACUCAAGGGGUCUAUGACAUCCCUCCCUCAUCAGUGAAAGGUCCUGUGUUUUCCAUUCCAGUGGGAGAGAUAAAACCUCAAGGGGUAUAUGACAUACCCCCCACUAAAGGAGUCUAUGCCAUUCCACCAUCUGCCUGCCAAGAUGAAGCAGGGCCUAAGGAAAAGGAAUACGAUUUUCCCCCUCCAAUGAAACAAGCUGGAAGGCCAGAUAUCAGACCUGAGGGGGUUUAUGACAUCCCCCCAGCCAGCACCAAGCCAGCAGGGAAGGACCUUCACAUCAAAUGCAACUGUGAUACUACAUUUGCCCCUGAACCCGUGGCACGAAGGCCCCAGACCCUUUCCCCACACCAUUUGCCCCUGAAGCUGGGACAGUCCUCAGGCACUCAGAAUGAUGCUUAUGAUGUCCCCCGAGGAGUCCAGUUUCUGGAGCCACCAGCAGAAACCAGUGAGAAAUCAAACCCUCAAGAAAGAGAUGGUGUUUAUGAUGUCCCUCUGCAUAACCCAGCAGAUGCUAAAGACUCUCGGGAUAUGGUAGAUGGAAUCAAUCGACUGUCUUUCUCCAGCACAGGCAGUACCAGGAGUAACAUGUCCACGUCUUCCACCUCUUCAAAGGAGUCCUCACUGUCAGCCUCCCCAGCUCAGGACAAAAGACUCUUACUGGAUCCAGACACAGCCAUUGAGAGGCUUCAUCGGCUCCAGCAGGCCUUGGACAUGGGUGUCUGUAGCCUAAUGGCACUGGUCACCACAGACUGGCGGUGUUAUGGAUACAUGGAAAGACACAUCAAUGAGAUCCGCACGGCGGUGGAUAAAGUGGAGCUGUUUCUGAGGGAGUACCUCCAUUUUGCCAAGGGAGCUGUAGCCAAUGCCUCCUGCCUCCCAGAACUUAUCCUCCACAACAAAAUGAAGCGGGAGCUCCAGAGAGUGGAAGACUCCCACCAGAUUCUAAGUCAAACCAGCCAUGACUUAAAUGAAUGCAGCUGGUCCCUGAAUAUUCUGGCCAUUAACAAGCCCCAAAACAAAUGUGAUGAUCUGGACCGGUUUGUGAUGGUGGCCAAGACAGUGCCCGAUGACGCCAAGCAACUAACCACCACCAUCAACACCAAUGCAGAGGCCCUCUUCAGACCAGACCCUGGUAGUUUGCAUCUAAAGAGUGGACCCGAGAGUAUCAUGAACUCAACCGAGUACACACACACCAGCUCCCAGAUGCAGCUGCUGAGGCCUGGUGACUAUAAGAUGCAGGCCCACAGCAAGCCAUUGCUCCCUAUGCUGGGUAAAGACCAGCCUCCAGACUGCAGUAGCAGCGAUGGCUCUGAAAGGAGCUGGAUGGAUGAUUAUGAUUAUGUCCACCUACAGCUGAGUCAGUUCCAGCUGUUGGAACAAGAAAUCACCAAGCCCGUGGAGAAUGACAUCUCCAAGUGGAAGCCCUCACAGAGCCUCCCGACCACAAACAGCAGUGUGGGUGCUCAGGACCGGCAGUUGCUUUGCUUCUACUAUGACCAGUGUGAGACCCAUUUUAUAUCUCUCCUCAAUGCCAUCGACGCCCUCUUCAGUUGUGUCAGCUCAGCCCAGCCCCCUCGGAUCUUCGUGGCCCACAGCAAGUUCGUCAUCCUCAGUGCACACAAACUGGUGUUCAUUGGAGACACGCUGACAAGGCAAGUGACUGCUCAGGACAUUCGCAACAAAGUCAUGAACUCCAGCAACCAGCUCUGUGAGCAGCUCAAGACUAUAGUCAUGGCAACCAAGAUGGCCGCUCUCCAUUACCCCAGCACCACUGCCCUGCAGGAGAUGGUGCAUCAAGUAACAGACCUGUCCAGAAAUGCCCAGCUGUUCAAACGCUCCUUGCUGGAGAUGGCAACAUUUUGAGAGGAAAAAAAAAGAGAGAGAACUGAGAGAAUGGGUUAUUAAGGAAAACUGGAAAUACUAUCUGGUUUUUGUAAAUGUUAUCUAUUUUUGUAUAUAUUUUAUAUGAAAAUGAAAUAUUUUAACAUUUUAUAAGUUAGAUAACGUUCAGCGAUUCAGGGAGCUGGAAGGGGAAAUCACUUUUCCCUGUGUGGUUCUUAUGUAUACACAUAAGUAUCUAAGACAUAAGCUGUACAGAAACUUGCCCAUGUGCCUGUGUACGCCUGUAUACUCAUGUUUGUUUGUAGAUGUUUGUCUGAUACAUUCCAUUAAAAAAACAUGAAUUAAGAAGCACCUUAGUAAGCACCCCCCCCAAAUGCUGCAUUUCGCUUUUUAUAGAAUAUAUUCCAGCUGGUUAUAAUAUUGCUCUGUAUGUAUUAGUGAUGAUUCUGAGCCUGACACACCCAGAUUUGCAAGUGUUCACCUCCCACAUGAGGCAUGGUAUGGCUUAUUCUUGUUUCAAAGCAUCUUUCAAAACUGACUGUCCUGUACACAUUAUAACAAAACAUCCCACUUUUGGUUGAAAAAGCCCUUUUGGAGAGCAUGUGUCAGGAGUUAGAGAGAGGAGAGACACAUGUACUGUGUUAAUUGGCCAUGUCCACAGUUGAGAUUGGGUUGUUUCAACAUUGAGAGGAAGCUACAAUAAGAAGAGAACACCCAUGUCCCUAGGCUAUCGGAUCUGCAUUUGGGAGUGAUUCAGCCAUGAGGUUUUCCAAAUGAUGUUUUUAGAGUUGUUUUUAAAAAAAACAUAUUGUUUGCAGCAGGAAUUCAUAAAGACACAUCAGACUAUGAUUAUCCACAAAAAGGAGGGACUGUUCCUUCUGCCAGUUUUAAGUAGAGGCUUUUCUGAGUCUUUCCGUUCUCUUAGGUACUUCUACUCCCAUUACCUGAGGGAAACUGGCCAGUUCCUCUGUCAUAGAACAUUAAAGCCACCAGGCCAUAACCUGCUCUCUUCACUGCUUAGUGCAGCUCUGACACUCAAAGCAGCAGCAAAGUCCAUCCAGUCUUUACAACUGUGUGGUCAACAACCUUAUAGAUAAGCCCUACCUCUAUCUUAUAGCUAGCCACAGCAUCUGGCCACAGUCUGUGUCCUCACACCUGUUAUGUGGACAGAGCACAGGCGCUAACUAUCACAUUUAUCAUGGGCAGGUGAAGUACUUCAUACCCGGUAGGUAGAUGCAUCCCUGUAUAGCCAAGUCAAGGAGCAUGUUUUCAGUAGUCUUUUAGUCCAUGGAAAUGGUUUCCUUUCGGCCUACUUGAAAACAUAUUUUUAUCUGCAAUAUAUGCCUCAACCAAACGAAGCUUGCAAAUUAUCAUAGAAGGUGCUUUCAAAACAACUGCUAUUGUAAUUCUCAAUGUUCUGCACUGCAAAAGAUUAUUACAGUUGUAUUGUUCUAUGACAAGUAAGUGUGUGUGGAGGAAGAGGGUUGCUGAACAACACUUGAAGAAGUAAAAAAGUGUGUCCUUGUAAAUUUCAUUGUAUGAUGCAUUUUUCUUAGGAGAUGAUGGAUUUUACUAAGCUAAGUGGUGACAUUUCACAUUUUCAAAACCAAAUGUUCAAUCUCUAUCAUUCUCUGUCAUCUUGUAUGUAAUGGUUGUUUUUAAAUCAUUAAAUUUU